AAAAAAACAAACAUAACAUUAACAUUUGAAAAAUGGCACCAGCUCAAAACCUAGUCAGUUCGAAACACGUAGCGGUGAUCGGAGCCGGAGCAUCCGGGUUAAUAGCGGCCAGAGAGCUCCAUCGUGAAGGUCACACCGUCGUCGUUUUUGAGCGGGAGAAACAAGUGGGAGGUCUCUGGAUUUACUCACCUAAAUCUGAAUCCGACCCGCUUGGUCUCGACCCGACAAGACCUAUAGUUCACUCGAGUGUCUACGAGUCUCUCCGAACCAACCUCCCGAGAGAGUGUAUGGGUUUCAGGGAUUUUCCGUUCGUGCCAUGUGUUGAUGACUUUUCAAGAGACUCGAGAAGGUAUCCGAGCCACAGGGAAGUUCUUGCGUACCUUCAAGACUUUGCUAGAGAGUUUAAAAUAGAGGAGAUGGUCCGGUUCGAGACCGAGGUGGUUCGGGUUGAGCCGGUUGAUGGAAAAUGGAGGGUCCGAUCCAAAAACUCCGAUGAUCUCUCCGAAGAUGAGAUCUUUGACGCAGUCGUUGUUUGCAGUGGGCAUUAUACCGAACCUUAUGUUGCUCAUAUUCCUGGGAUAAAAUCAUGGCCAGGAAAGCAGAUCCAUAGCCAUAACUACAGAGUUCCGGGUCCAUUCAAAAAUGAGGUGGUGGUGGUCAUCGGAAAUUUUGCGAGCGGUGCCGAUAUUAGUAGAGACGUAGCUAAGGUCGCCAAAGAAGUCCACGUUGCGUCUAGAGGGAGUGAAGCUAGUACGUAUGAGAAGCUUUCCGUGCCCACCAACAAUCUAUGGAUUCAUUCUGAGAUAGAGACUGCAUGUGAUGAUGGUUCAAUUGUUUUCAAAAAUGGGAAGGCGGUUCAUGCAGAUACUGUUGUGUAUUGUACCGGGUACAAGUAUAAGUUUCCAUUUCUUGAAACCAAUGGUUAUAUGAGCAUUGAUGAUAACCGCGUUGAACCUUUGUACAAACAUGUCUUUCCACCGGCGCUUGCCCCAGGGCUUUCUUUUGUUGGUUUACCAGGGAUGGGCAUACAAUUCGUCAUGUUUGAAAUCCAAAGCAAAUGGGUAGCUGCAGUUUUGUCUGGACGAGUUACACUUCCUGCACCAGAAAAAAUGAUGGAAGAUCUUAUUGCAUCGUAUGCCAUGCUUGAAGCGUUAGGUAUUCCCAAGAGAUAUACACAUAAAUUGGGUAAAAUUCAGUCUAAUUAUCUUGACUGGGUCGCAGAAGAAUGUGGUUGUCAGCCUGUUGAGCCUUGGAGAACUCAACAAGUUGACCGUGGUUAUGAGAGACUUGUUUCUAACCCUGAAAAUUACCGCGAUGAAUGGGACGACGAUGAUCUCAUAAAAGAAGCGUACGAGGAUUUUGCUAGUAAGAAGUUGAUUAGCUUUCUUCCUUCUUAUUUCCCCAAAUCAGGAAGAUGAUAUCCCAUAAUGGUGCCUACUUGUUUUUAAGGGUCUACUUGUAUUAUUUUUAAAAAUGUUGGUUUUAAUAAAGCUGAAUGUAAGGGUUGCUUGUUAUACAA